AUUCGCUUUUUCCCCGGCCGGUGAACCAAACGCGGUGCUAUGUACGUGGCGGAGACCCCAAACAGCCUAAUAAACAUGAUAAGCUCCCGGGCCGUGGCGACCUUCUCAGUUUCUCCUCUUUCUUUCACUUUUGUAGAGUGCCGUACAUCUGAUGGAAGAGCUGUAUGGCGUCCAGUACUCCUACUCCGAGCAGAACCAGCCGGAGAACAUUGUGGCUUCACCCUCAUAUCCCACUUUCCCGACUCCAGCACCGGGGUUUCCGGAGUCUACUGAGGGGGCAUCCAGUGCAACAACAAUUAGGGAUAGGAUUGCUGCUCACCCUCUUUACCCUAAACUCCUCCAAGCCUAUAUUGAUUGUCAAAAGGUGGGGGCUCCGCCAGAGGUAGCUAAGAUGCUGGAUGAAAUCAGGGGAGAUAGCGAUGUUUGUAAAAGAACCGCUGCCGUUGUUCCUCCUAGCUUCAGUGUCGAUCCUGAGCUCGAUCACUUCAUGGAAACUUACUGUGAUAUAUUGCGGAAGUUCAAAUCGGAUCUAUCCAGGCCAUUUGAUGAAGCUACGGUGUUUCUGGACGAUAUGAGGACGCAGCUGAGCCGCCUCUGUGACGGCGGCGCUUCGGGAACCUGCCCCUCCGGUGAUGCUGCUGGGUCCUCUGAAGAUUUAAGUAGGGAUGAGAUGGAAGGCCAGGAAGGUGGUCAGAGCAGCGAAGACCGCGAGCUGAAAGAGAUACUCCUGCAGAAAUACAGCGGUUAUAUUUCUACUUUGAAGAAUGAAUUUUCAAAAAACAAGAAGAAUGGGAAGUUACCGAAGGAGUCCAGACAAAUAUUGCUCGAUUGGUGGAAUAUUCACUAUAAAUGGCCUUAUCCAUCGGAAUCGGAUAAGGCCGUCCUGGCAGUGUCAACAGGACUAGAUCCAAAACAGAUCAAUAACUGGUUUAUAAACCAAAGGAAACGGCAUUGGAAGCCAUCGGAUGACAUGCAAAUUGCUGUUAUGGACAGUUUAUAUGGACCAUUUUUUAACGAAUAAUGGGUAGGAUUGAUGCAUGGGACUACUUGUUUCUCCUGUUAAUUUGUAUAUAAAUCUCGAAACCAGAAACCUAAACGCCAAUUCUUAGGUUGGCCACCCUGGAUUGUUCAUCUUGUUCUCAAUGAUUGCAACAUUUCUUCCAAUUCAAUAACAAAUUUAUUAUUUA